CGUCUACACUUUGAUUUAAUCGUAAACGUAUUUACAUAUUUGAGUUAUUAAGGGUUAGCGUUCUGUGGAUUACGCGAUACCAUUUUUGCAAGCUACCUUUAUCGAAAGAGAUCUAGAUUUCAGUACCGGUCGCUGUCCGGAACUGAUUAUAGCACAUCGCGUUGAAUUGAUGAUGCUCCGUUCGUGGUACUGAAAUCCUUUGCGCUUUCGCUCUCUUUCAUUUCCUCUCUGUCCCUCCCUCUCCCUCCCUCCAUCUCUCCUCUAUCCCUCCCUUGGUUCUAUCUCAUACGCACAAACCCCUCUGUCAUGGCGUCUUCCAACAAUGUUACCCCUACCAACUGUAGCUGGUGGCCCAUCUCAGCCUUGGAUGAAGACGGCGAAUUGACAGACGGAGAGAAAAGCGAGGAGCCAGCUAUCGAGACGAAACCUAAUUUCUCUAAAGACAAGCUUGUUUUGUAUCACUGGACGCAGUCUUUCAUCUCUCAAAAGGUGCGUCUGGUGAUCAAUGAGAAGGGUCUGCUGUGUGAAGAGAGGGAUGUGAGUCUCCCUAUAGCCGAGCACAAUGAGCCCUGGUUUAUGAGGCUCAACCUGGGGGAGGAGGUGCCUGUUUUCAUCCACGGAGACACCAUCGUCUCAGACUACAACCAAAUCAUACAGUACCUAGAGGCUAACUUUGGGGGAGAAACGGUGGCCCAGCUGAUUCCAGAUGCUGGCUCUCCUGUCCACGAGUGUGUGCAGCAGUACCGUAAACUGCUGGACGGCCUGCCCAUGGAUGCUUACACACACGGCUGUAUCCUGCACCCAGAGCUCACCACAGACUCCAUGAUCCCAAAGUACGCCACUGCUGAAAUACGUAGACACUUAGCCAACGCUGCGUCAGAGCUGAUGAAGCUGGACCACGAGGAACCCACGCUGACAGAGCCAUACCUUUCCAAGCAGAAGAAACUCAUGGCAAAAAUAUUGGACCACGAUAAUGUGACCUACCUAAAGAAGAUCCUUGGAGAGUUGGCCAUGGUACUAGAUCAGGUAGAGGCCGAGUUGGAAAAGAGGAAAAUCGAGUAUGAAGGUCAAAAGUGUGAGUUGUGGCUAUGUGGACCUGAAUUUACAUUAGCUGAUGUCUGCCUGGGAGCCUUGUUGCACAGGCUUAAGUUCUUGGGACUCUCAAAGAAAUACUGGGAGGACGGCAGCCGACCCAACCUCCAGUCCUUUUUCGAGCGGGUGCAAAAACGCUACGCUUUCCGAAAAGUUCUGGGCGACAUCCACACAACCCUUCUGUCAGCAGUUCUACCCAAUGCAUUCCGAAUGGUAAAAAAGAAGCCGCCAUCUUUCUUCGGGGCCUCUUUCCUCAUGGGCUCUCUGGGAGGGAUGGGGUACUUUGCCUAUUGGUUUCUAAAAAAGAAAUAUGUGUAGUGAGCGCCCCCCCUCCAUGUCUUAAAUGUCUGUGUAUUUGUGUGAUGUUUCAAUUUUUCUGUAAUGUUUUACAACAGGAGGAAAAUAUGAAUCUAUAUAGGGAACACUAUUACUUACCUAGGUGAACAAAGAU